AUGCGCUGUUGUCAGAUGGUCAUGGGUCCUGCGGGCACCGGAAAGUCCACAUAUUGCAACAAUAUGCACGAGUUCUGUGCAGCGUCUGGGCGCAUGACGUACGUAGUGAAUAUGGAUCCUGCAGCAGAACACUUUGACUACCCUUUGGCCUUUGACAUUCGCGAUCUGAUCAGCGUCGAGGACGUAAUGGAGGAGUUAGGCUACGGACCGAAUGGUGGACUCAUCUACUGCAUGGAAUAUCUUGUGCAGAACCUCGACUGGCUGCAAGACUUGCUGGCCGAAUACAGCGAUGAAGACUAUUUCAUCUUUGACUGCCCAGGCCAGAUUGAGUUGUACUCGCACCUUCCGGUGAUGAAGCAGCUUUGUGAUUCAUUGAAGGACUGGGGCUUCAAUAUUUGCUGUGUUUACUUAAUCGACUCAUUAUUUAUUGUUGACCCGACCAAGUUCGUUUCCGGUGUGCUUUGCUCACUGUCGGCGAUGGUCCAGCUCGAGUUGCCUCACAUUAAUGUGCUCACGAAGUGUGAUUUGGUUGACGAUAAAGAGUUAUCAAAAUACCUGGAUCCGUCGGAGGGGUACCUUCUCGAAAACCUUUCGAAUGCUACUGACCCCAAGUGGCGUCCUUUGAGUUCGGCGAUUUGCAAUGUGAUCAAUGACUUCAGCAUGGUGGCCUUUGUUCCCAUGAAUAUUAACCGCGAAGAGAGCAUCGAGGCUGUGCUCAUGCAUGUUGAUCAUGCCAUUAACUAUGGCGAUGACUUGGAACCUCAGGAACCGAAAGACCGGGAUACUGACGAAUAG